AUGGAGAAAAUGACAGCAAAGGCUCCAGGGGCCGCCGACACGGACGGCCUGGAAGAGAAGCGCGCAGCCCUGGCCGCCUGGGAGCAAGCCGGAAUCGCCAAGCUUCCGCCCAUGUCCACAUCCAUCACCGAGGCCUGGGUAGACAUCACCCUGCCCUCGGGCUUCGUCUCCAAGACGCUCGUCAUCCGCCCCUCGAAGCCCGGCCCGCCUGGUCCCCUGAUCGUGCUCUUGCACGGCGGCGGCUUCGCGCUCGGCUCGCCCGCCAUGACCACGCGACCGGGCCGGGAGUUUGCAGAGCACUUUGGCGCCACGGUGGUCGCGCCCUCGUACAAGCUGCUGCCCGAGCACGCGUGGCCGGCCGGGUCCGAGAGCGCGUGGGAGGUGCUGGUGUGGCUGGCCCGGAACGCGCAGGACGGCGGCGACGCGCGCUUCGCUGCCGAUCUGGACCGGGGCUUCGUCGUGGGCGGGUUCAGCGCCGGCGCCACCAUCUCGACCGUCGCCGCGGGGCUCUCGCUGGACGCUGGGCUGUUGCGAGAUCAUCAUCAACAGCUUGCCAAGCCGAUCACGGGCGUGUUUGCCAACUGCCCCUGUCUGCUGAGGAACGAGGAGAUGGUGCCGGCAAAGUAUCGCGAGCUGUGGACCUCGCGGGACGACAAUAGGUUUGCCCCGGGCCUGGAUACGGAAGGCCUCGAGUUGAUCUGGCGUCUAAUGAGGCCUGAUCUUGAGUCGCCGUGGACGUCUCCCUUCAACUCCCUCGGUGGCUUGAACGGGAAUUCUGGGCCCAAAUACUACAUCCAGGUCGGCAAGCUCGAUCCUCUGCGCGAUGACGGUAUCGUGUUCGAAAAGACGCUUGCGGAUCGGGGUGUCGAGACCAAGAUUGAUGUGUUCCCAGACGAUGCACAUCACGCUUGGGUCGCUUUGCCGUUCGAGUCGGUUAGCAAAGACCCAACUGAUGAGGAGAUGACUAUGGGGGGAAUGAGGUGGCUGUUGGGCUUGGAGAAGUAG